GACUGAAGCUUGAAACUGAAGUGCUGGAUGGAAAGCCUAGACUAAUUUUAGCUUAUUCUGAUAAAUCUAAGCCUGCAAUGAAGAUGGGUAAUAAAGCCAGAGCACCUAAACAGGCAUUGAGAAUAAGACAUACUGGGCAUGUUCUGAGGUCAACACAAAAUGCUUGUAUCAGGCAGGAAAACUUAGCAAAACCAAGGAGUGAGUCAAGCUUAUCAAUGACAAAAGGUGAAAAACUGCAAGUUACUAAACACUCCUCACAUGAAGGCGCAACUAAAGAUCACUUUUUGAUUUUCCAAAGAGAGAACACAAACAGAUAUCCUGAUUCAGAGAAUCCUAAUGUUGUUGAAAAAAGUAAACAGAAACCUCAAAACCCAUGUGUAUCAGCUGAAGACCUAAGAAGUUUCGUGUGUUUAACACAAGAACAGCUUCAACAGAUUUUGAUGGCUGUAAAAGAAGGAACUAGAAGCAUCUCUGAGACUCAUAAUGAAAAGCAAGAAGAAAUGGCUACUAAUGAGGCAUCAGAAGAAAACAUAAUAGGAUUGCUCCAAAAAGCUUGUGAAGUUUCAUCUGUUCCAGAUGAAGCUAUCUCUGAAUCAAGCAGGAAACAAGAAGCAUAUCUGCAGCCAGGACAGAAAGUUCUAAAGGAUUCAUGGAAACCUGCUGACAUGUUUAGUACCUUGGAUGAAAAAGAAGGAGAGAAAGCCUUACUAGAAUUUAGAAAGACCCAAUGGAAGAAGGAAUUAGGUACUUAUGAUAUACAGAAUAUAUGUUUGAUCAAUGUAUUACACUCAAGAUGCCAAGAAACCUUCCCUGAGGAGCUGACUGCUUUUAUUCACCCUUUUUCACCUGCAGCUUUAGGCAAUGUCAAGCCCUUAAAGGUGGGAAAUGCAGAAAAAGCUGCUAAAAACAGUGCUUUGGAACACAAUCAAAAAGUCAGUUUCCUCCGUUCAAUGACAGCUCUCCUGGACCCUGCUCAGAUUGAAGAGAGAGACAGGCGGCGGCAGAAACAGUUAGAACAUCAGAAAGGAAUAAUGGCUCAGAUAGAAGAAAAACGGAAGAAGAAACAACUGGAGGAAGAGCAGAGAAAAUGGCAAGAGCAAGAGGAAGAACAGCGCCUAGCACGAGAAAAAGAACAAAUGCAGAAACAGUUUGAAGAAGAUAUGCUGAAACAAAAACAAAAGGAGGAACUUGUGACUCUCAAAACAAAUGAACUCUAUCAGACGAUGCAGAAAGCUCAAGAAUUAGCACAGAGAUUAAAACAAGAACAGCGCAUUCGAGACUUGGCUCAGAAGGGACAUGACAUUUCAAAACUUCAGAAGAAUCUUGGUGGUGGUGAUACAGAAUUUGAAAAUUGUAACACUGGCACUUCACAUCAAAGUCAUAAUUUUUCUGAUGACAUUAAGAGUCACAUUGAUCAGGAGACUUCUCCUCGGAAAGACACUGCUGUACAGACAGAUUACUUUAAUACUUCAGCAUACACUGAGUCAGCUGAGGAAAGAACUGUGUGUUGCGAAUCGCCUGAUAUUUCCAUAGAAUAUAAAGAAACCUCUAACAGCAAAAAAUACCAGAAGGAAAUGCAGUAUAUAGAUAAAAAUAAACUUUCAGGAAAAGAGACUGGUGCUAUUUACAGUGAUCUAUAUGAACAAUAUGCAAGAAAAGAAAAACAAAUUAAACCUUCAGAAAAAUAUAGCAAAAGACCUGACUGGAACAUAAAAAAGCCUGGGAAAAGAUACGUUCCAGCAUCAGAAAGAUACCCUAAACAGCUACAAAAACAAAGGGAAGAAAACAAAGUAAGACGACAAAUGGAGCUGCUUCAGUUGGUAGAAAGAAAUACCCCUGGGAAUCUCUGCCCAAAAAAGGGUGGUUAUUCAGGCAGGUCUCCUUCACCUCACGAAGAAAUAAAUACGAAGAGUAAGGGACAUAGAGUCAGAAAGGAAGAACAAUUACAUAAGAAUCAUUUGACUGAAGAAAGAUCUGAAUCACCACCUGUUCCAGCAGUUAAGAACAGAUUACACCAAGUACCACAAAAACAGAUACAUACCUCUAAUUUCCUAGUGCAUAACAACAAUAGUAGAAGAGAGAAAAAUAGCAAGACAGAAACACAGCAGAGGAGCUCCCUUCCUCCUAUUACAGAAGCUGGAAGACCUCCCUCUUCACAAUUUAUUCCAUAUGUUCGAACAAGUGAAGUAUAUUAUCUUGAUCCAGAAGCACCAGUGACUAGACCUUCAACACAAGACCCACAGUAUCGACAGUUUAAUGAUUCUUACCAAGCGCCACAACAGAUUUUUAGCUCUGAUCAUGUUAGAGAUCCUCUUCUAAAUCCUGAUGUAGUUAAAAUCAGAGAGAGACAACAAGCAAUUCUCAAAGGAUUGUCAGAAUUACGCCAGGGCCUCCUGCGGAAGCAGAAGGAGUUGGAAACUGCUCUGAUUCCUGCUAUAGCUCAAGAAGAGAACUUUAUUUCACCAUUCUGA